AUUGAUUACUUUUGACAUCUGGCCAGCUCUUGACAGUUCGGUCUGACUCAAGCAAAAAUGUUGUCUUCACGGGGAGUUCUGCUGGGCCGUGCAAUUCAACGAAUUGUUUCCCACUCUAGAAAUGUAACUCCGCAAUUACAAACGGUUCGAAAUAGUCAUGUAGUUUCAUAUCGCACUGCCCCGCCGCCACACUCGAAAGCUGUCCUCGUUACUGCCGAAGUAGUCGGAGGACUCAUGUGGUGGUGGAUCCUGUGGCAUUUAUGGCAUGAACCAGAUCAUAUUACGGGUGAAUUUGAAUACCCCGACCCAUCGUCCUGGACCAACGCCGAACUAGGAAUUCCGCCAGAUGAUGCAGAGUAAGUGGUCGCCAAUCAUCUUUGUCGUAUAGAAAAAAAAAUUAUGAAUUCUGUGAAACUUAGAACUAAAUAAAAAAAAAAAAGUUUGUAAAAGAAAUUAAA